AUGUAUCGUAUUUCCGUUAUUAAGCUCGGCUCUAGUGUUAUUACGAUGUUUACACCAACAGGACGACCAUCCUGGUGCCUUUUGAUUUGUAUUCUCGUAGCAGUGAAGACAGUGGUGACCAAUAGUGACUUCUGUAAUGUAACAAGAUCAACAAAAAAAGUUGUGCCAACCUGCCCAGACAGUCUGGAUAAAUGGAACGAGGCUUCAAAAAGAAAAAAUUGUACACAAUAUGCCAGCCAAUGCAGCGAACCUGAGAAGCUUGAGUACCACUGUGUCAUCAACCCAUUCAUCAACGAGACUCUUGAGGUCUGUGCCUAUGGACAGUACAUAAUAUCAGGUCAUUGCACGGAAUACAGCAGCACUGGAAACUUGAUUCAACCCAACCGCAACACAAACUGUUUGAAGUUCUCAUCAAAGCCAUGUCAUAUACCUUACAAAUCAACUGAAGCUUACAAAUAUCCAGGAUGCUAUGAUCUGAUAACGAAAACAACAGUUACAGAACAAACAGAGGCUGAACCUAAUCCAAAAUUUACAACCGUAGCACCAUGUUCAUCAUCUCCACAGAUUCAUAAUGAGAUUGGCCAUGAAAAUAAUGCAGAGCGUUUUGGCGAUGUAUUGAUUCCUAGCCUUGUUACAGUAUUUGUACUACUGUUAUCUACAUUAGGGUUACUAUUUCUUCUGGUUCUGUAUUUGAAGAAAAAACCAUCUCGCUCCCAAGGCUAUAAAUAUAGAGAUAAAGAUUUCAAGGAAAAUUUCAAUGAAGUGUUGCCUUUAACAAAUGUGGAACAUGAAAAUGGAAAUUAUGAGAUUGCACCCUCUGGACAACAGAUAAACAGGGGAAAUGACAGGAAAAAAACGGUAGAGGUUGAGGAAGACGAAAUCCCCGAUAUACAUUUAAAGGAAGACGAAGAUCCAAUACAGGAAUGCCAGAGAUGGGUUCAGGUCGUCAAUGAUACACUGGAAAAACUAGUAUUUAUUCAACAUGAACAUGGUCAUAACAAAGCCUUAUUACUUGAUGAAAGGUUCGAUAAUCCAGCGUUUUUGUCCGAUGAGUCUAGUGAAAAGAUAAGGGAAGAAAGUCAGUACCUGAAAUCCUAUGAGACGCAGAUGAUUAACUAUUUCAAACGUGGAAGCGAUGUUAAAAAAGAAGAUUAAAAAAAAGAAUGAGAUAUAAUAUAAAUAUAUCAUCUUAAAGCCAUGAAAUAAGACUUGGUCGUGGUCAUUACGCACCGGAGUGUCCCCAGACACCUUGGUCCGGACCGUUGGCGAAUCAUGGAGGAACACUUGUGUGAGGUAGCCAAUACUCUUGAUGGGUGAACUUGUUAUAUCGUAUUGUUAAAUUACAAGCUAGCCAAUACAAUGACAAGGAAUAAUGAUUACAUAUAUAUGAAAUUUGUAAAUAUCUUUAAAAUUAAGAGUUUUUUCUUUGUUUCUUUAAGUUCCCUUUUUUCAUUUAUUUAUUUUCAUAUUCAUUUUUGUGCUACCUUAGUAUUACUUAUUUAUUAAUUUCCUUAUUUAUUUAUUUUUUAUGCUACCUUAGAACGCCAGAAAUAUUUUGUCCAUUGUCGUCAACUUCCAUUCUAUAUUUACCUUCUCUUUGCAUUAUAUAAUUAUCCGGUGUUAUUUUUUCCUUAUGAAGUUCGAAUUAAAACAUUUUCUGAAGUUCGCAUACAGCUCAGCAAUUUUACCUACUUAUCAUUAUUUUCCUAUGUAUUAAUUAUUUAUAUAAUUUUUUGUGUUACCUAAGUACGCUGGAAAUAUUCUAUCUAUUGUCGUCAACCUAAUAUUCUGUAUUUUUCUUUUCGUUGUAAAUGUUAGGUGUAGUGUCGCUGAGUGAUUCGCCAAAGUAUUUUGUCGUGUUUUCUUUUUCGGCUAAAUAAUACUAAAAAUUAUAUAGAAUAUGCACUCAUAUCCUCAGAAACUAAUCAUUUUCUCUUUCUCUCUUUCUAUAUCUUUCUUUCUUUUCCUCUUACUGAAAUGAGACUGAUCAUGGAAAAAUACGCCUAGUAAAUGUAGAUCUACGGGCCGAUAAUUUGCCCAGUCUGUGUUUACAGUUUUUAAUGAAAUAUACUAAUAUAUCUGUAAUUAUUAAUGGCUGAAAUUAAAAUCAUUUCGGUUAAUUGUCAAGGAGUAAACGAUGCUAACAAAAGGAAAGAUAUUUUUUCAAUUCUAUAGACAACAAAAAUGUAAUAUGCUAUGUUUAGUAGACACACAUUUUACGGAGGAGAUGGAACAAGAUAUUAGAAACAAAUGGGGUUAUGAGGCUUGUUUUAAUUCGAUUUUUUCAAAGUCGAGAUGAGUUGCUAUUUUCUUUAAAAACAAUUCUGAUUUCAAAAUACAUGAGCAAUUCAAAGUAGAGAAUAAAGGGAAUUUAUUAGCACUUAGUAUUUCAAUAGAGAAGAGAAAGUUAAGCUUAAUAUGUUUGUAUAGACCUAAUGAGGAUACUACGGAAUUUUACCAGAAUUUGAGCAAUAUUGUUAACAAACUUCAAAAUGAUGAGAUGAUUAUUGUUGGAGAUUUUAAUUUGGUAUUAAAUACAAGUCAAGAUUAUUAUAAUUAUUUACAUGUUAAUAAUCCGAAAGCGAGGGAAAUAGUUCUAGAGCACAUAAUGUCUUACAGUUUAGUAGAUAUACAUAGAGAAUUCAUCCAUAUGACAAGAGGUAUGCUUUGAGAAAACCUACACCUCUUAAACAAGCACGCCUGGCCUUUUUUCUUAUUUCAGCUUCACUUAUAAAGAAGUUAGAAAUAGUGAUAUCAUGAUAAGCUAUAGAUCUGAUCAUUCCAUUGUUUUUAUCUCUUUAAAGUUUAAUGAUUUUAAACAUGGUAGUGGCCUUUGGAAAUUUAACAACUCCCUUUUAAAAGAUUUAGAGUAUGUUCAAAGUAUUAACUGUCAUAUUAAUCAAAUUAAAAUGCAAUAUGCAGUUCCAGUGUACAAAAAAGAGUCUAUUCUGGAUAUUCCAGAUUCUGAAAUCCAAUUUACAAUUAACGACCAGCUUUUCCUGGAGACACUGUUGAUGGAAAUUAGAUCUAAAACUAUCUCAUAUGCAAGCUAUUUAAAAAGGCAAAAGACAAAAAAAGGAAAAUGAGUUACUAGAAGAGCUUUUAGAAUUGGAAAAGGAGUACGAAAAACAUAUUGAUAAAAUAAAUAAAAAGAAUAAGAAAAUAUAAGAAACUAUAGGGUCAUGGGUAGUUUGGUGCGUUCACGCUCUAAAUGGAUAAAUGAGGGAGAAAAACCAACUAUUUAUUUUCUAAAUUUAGAAAAUCGUCACUAUACUACUAAACUUAUUCCAAAGAUAAUACUAUCAGAAAACAAUGAAAAGAUAAACUAUAGUUAAACCAGUUGAUAUUUUAAGUGAGCUGGAAAAUUUUUAUAAAAACUUAUAUGCAAAUAAUUUGAUAAUAGCAGAAAGUACAGAUAUUUCACUAAAUGAUAUUCUAAAAGAGUAUUCUGUCCCUAAAUUAUCUGACAAUGAACAAAAAUCAGUUGAAGGUUAUAUAACACAUAAGGAAGCUUCUGUAGUUGUAAAUAGUAUGUCAAACAAUAAAAGUCCAGGCGGUGAUGGGUUCACAGUUGAAUUUUUUAAAAUGUUUUGGAAUGAAAUAGGCUCCUUUGUUGUUAGAUCUUUAAAUUCUGGAUAUAAAGUAGGAGAAUUAUCAUCUACUCAGACACAAGGAAUUAUAACUUGUAUACCUAGAGAGGGAAAGAGUAAAUUUUCCCUUGGUAACCGGAGACCUAUCUCAUUGCUCAAUGUUAUAUACAAAAUUGGGUCAGGUUGUAUAGCAAGCAGGAUAAAAACAGUUCUAAAAAAAAUUAUCAGUAAUGAUCAAACUGGCUUCAUCUAUGGAAGAUAUAUAGGGGAAAAUAAUAGAUUGAUUUAUGAUCUGAUGAACUAUACAGAAAAUAAUUAUAUUCCAGGGGUAUUAGUUAUGAUUGAUUUUGAGAAAGCUUGGGAAUUUAUACAAAAUACGCUCAAUUAUUUUAAUUUUGGUCAAUUUAUCUGUAACUGGAUUAAAACGUUUCAAUUUAAUGCUAUGUCCUGUGUGUCCCAGGCAGGCAUUUUAUCAAACUUUUUAAAACUUGGCCAAGGCUGUAGACAAGGUGAUUCAAUAUCUAAUAUGAUUUUUAUAAUGUGCAGAAAUACUGUCAAUUAAAAUUAAAAAUAGUGAAGAUAUUACAGGAAUCAAAAUUAAUAACAACCAAUAUUUAAUAUCACAAUAUGCAGAUGAUACAUCAAUAAUCCUUGAUCGAUCUGAAAAAUCAUUAAGGGCAACCAUUAAUGAAAUAGAUGACUAUUAUGAUUAUCUGGUCUUAAAAUAAACAAAGAAAAAACUCUGUGUGGAUACGGAGUAAGAAAUAUUUUAAAGAAAAAAUAUGUUCAGAAAUGAUUUUUCAAUGGACAUAUAUUAUGACGUAAAUUUAGAUAAAAUUAUAAAACUUAAUAAUGACCUUUGCUCCAAUUGGAAAGAUAACACUGGUUUAGUCUCUUUUAAUUUCACAAUUAAACUAUUUAUUUAUAGCCUUAAAAAACCCUAAGAGUAAAACAUUAAAAGGGUUAAACAAUAUUCUAUUCAAUGUUAUCGGAAUUCAAAAUGUGAUAAAAUUAAAAGACAAGUAUGUACCCAGAAGUAUGAACAUAGUGGUUUAAGGAUGGUUGAUGUAAAUUCCUAUAUUAAAGGAUUAAAGUAUACUUGGAUUAUGAGAUUCAUUAAGGAUAAUAAUUCAAAAUGGAAAACACUGCUAGACAAUACUAUUAAUAUAGAAAAGCUAUUAAAUACAGGUUCAGAUUAUAUUUUGCAAAUGCAGGAAUUGUUAAGGUGGAAUGCUACACCAAAAUUUUAACUUUACAGUGCGUUACUUGCAACCAAAAUUGAUUUUCUACUUUUUCGUAAAAAAUACAAAAGAAUUCGUAUAAAAAAAUUAAGGGCA